AUGCAGAUCUACGCCAGCGAGUUCGUGGACCUGUACGUGCUGCGGAAAUGCUCCGUGAGCAACCGUAUCAUUGGUGCCAAGGACCAUGCGUCCAUUCAGAUGAACGUGGCCAAGGUUGACAGGGUCACAGGUUGGUUUAAUGGCCAGUUUAAAACCUACGCUAUCUGCGGGGCCAUUUGCAGGAUGGGCGAGUCAGAUGAUUCUAUUCUCCGAUUGGCUAAAGCUGACGGAAUUGUCUCCAAGAACUUUUGA